GACUCGCCAAGUGGGCACAGCCUACAUGUGCAAAGCUGCAAGAAUGACGGAAAGGUUCAGGAGCCUCCGUCGGAAACACGUUCACCAAACGUGUUUGAACCCCAAGAGCAGGAGGGAGAUUGGAUGUCGAUUCCAGCUUACUUCGAGAAGCAUGCCCCAGAUCACAUCAAGGCCAAAAGGAAGACUUUGGCGGCCAAGAAGGCUUGGAUCACCAAAGAUGAGACUGGUGCCGAAGGCGUCCUCAUCUUGCCCAACGACGGGGUCAAGAAGGUCCACGUUGGAGGCAAGAUCUCUGCCAGCAAGUCCCGGCAGUCCGAGCACGAGAGCGCUGGGCAAAUGCGAGAGGCUUUCCAGCGUGAGGCUGACGUCACACAGGUUAGCGGCAAUGACGAGGAACGCAUUGUUUGUCCACCUGUGCCGCAGCCUGCGGCUCACCGGGAGAUGUUGGCAAGGGCCGUGGACGCUCCCGUUGAAGAGGAGCAGGUUGUUCAUCACCCUGAUGAAGCCAUGGAUUCCGAUGAAGACACUGGCAUCGGGUUCAAGCCCGUGAAGGAGGAGCCGGAGCCGCCUUUGAAGCGUCACAAAAAGAAGGGUCCUCAAGAUCCGCCUGUGCGCACUUCAGGCGGCAGCAAUGCCAAUCGUUCGGGCGCCUCUUCGCAGAAGCGAAAGGCUUCAGCGGAUGUGGCUGGGGCGCUGCAGAGUGCCGAGGCAUGCAUGUCAGCACUGCAAGGCUUUUCUCCCUUGGCAUUCUGGCAGGGGUCCUUGAAAGGCAAGGACAUCGAAAAGCGUUUGCAGAUUGCCUUUGAUGUUCACAGCACUUUGGAGGAACAAUUGCCCGACCCUGACGUCGAGACCGUGGCCAAGAAACUGACAGACAUGGCUACCUACGUUUCUGACUGGACUGAUGUUUUGGCUGCCUUGCGCAGCAGCGACAAUUCGAUCUUCAACAUGCGGGGCAUGGACGAGGAUGACCUGAAGAAGUUUGCCCGCGUGCUCCCAGCUGACUGCAUGCAUUCCGUCCUGUAUGAUCUUGGCAAGAGACUGUGGGAGGUGCUGCUGCAGGUGCUGGUGCUGGUGCUGGUGCUGGUGCUGGUGCAGGUGCAGGUGCAGGUGCAGGUGCUGGUGCUGGUGCUGGUGCUGGUGCUGGUGCUGGUGGGGGUGGUGGCGGUCGCGGCGGUCGCGGCGGUCGCGGUGGUCGCGGUGGAUAAUGCCAGUGGGAAGGACAUGCAUGCUUCCACCGAGUUCUUUGAGUUCAUCCUUCUUCCUGCAGGCCAAGAUUCUGAGGGAAGGAGCGGCCAAGGACUUCAGCUUCGCAAGCUCAAGGAUUUGGAAGGCUCGAAGGUGGAGUUGAAUGCGCUCUUGCAGGUGCAGUCGGCUCUUCUGGGGGCGUGGCUAGAUUUCAUUCAGAAAUCUUCGGACUUAGACCGGUGCCUCCACAGCAUUCCGGAGGAGCUGUGGAAGCCUCACUUUCUGAGGACAGUGUUGGGGCAGGAGCACUUGGUGACCCCAUCUUUGGGACCUGAGCUCAAGCAAGUCGUGGGCAUGGUGAAGAUCUUCAGUGCUCGGAGCAACCUCAUGUUUCGCUCGAAUGCCGCUUUGAGGACAGCUUGGACACAGGUCGUGGAUGUUGGCAAGCAGCAGUUGGAUGCUGAGAGCGCUUUGUCGGCAGGUGCCAAGCUCAAGGACUCGCUGGCUCGUUUGCAGUCAUUCUUGGACGAUGUCAAGGACAAGCCGGAUGGCUUCACCAUUGAGACGGCUCUUCCUGUGAUUGAAAAGUGUGCCAACUAUGCAGCAGUGCUCGUUGCCUUGGGCCAAUCAGACAAGGAAGGGCACUGUGCUCUGAAGGCUGAGUUGGAGGAUUGUGCUGGGAAGAUCACAGGCUUCAUGGUGAAACACGAAUGGGGUGCAACUUUGGAUUUCCAGGACAUGCUGACGAACUUGUUUGCGUGGAACUCGGUUUGGAGCAAGCUGCAGAGCGAGGUGCUGUUGUCACUGAAAUUGGCGGUUGUGGCAGGUACCAUUGCCAGCCAUCUUGGCAAUGUCAACGGCGAGCUGGAGACCAAAGCGAGGACACCUGUGCUGCUUUCCAUCUACAAGUGGCUUGCGAUCCCUGAGGAGGAGCAGGAGGACAUCACCGUGGAGAACUGCUGUGCCUUCGCGGUCGAGAUGACCAAGCAUUUGUCUUCCAAAGCAAUGGUGUCUUUGAAUCCAGGCUGGCUAGAGGAGGCCAAAGAGGCAGCUGAGCGCUUUGAAGCUCGCUUGGUGGAAUUUGCCAAGUCUUGGGCUGAGGGAACAUGGGACGCACAGGGGCCUGAAGAGGUUGUGGUCAUGUUUGAAAGUUGCAAGUACCUCCCCCAGCCUCUGCACCCGAUCAUGGUGCUGGCCAAAAACGCACACAGCGUGGAGAACUUGCAGCCCGUCGAGCUCAAGUUGGAAGAUUUCGAAUCUGAGAUGCCGCAGCUUGUCAAGCCAGUGAAGCGAUUCAUGGCCCUUUCGGGUUUGGACAAGGAGAUCAUGUCCAAAUUCUUGGGCGACAAAGUGGUGCAGGAGGUGAAACUCUUCGAAGCGUCAGUGCUUGCCGCUGUGGAGAAGGUCUUCAGCUGGUGCGCGGGCGUGUGGAAGACGGUGGGCAAGAUUGUCGAUAAGUAUAGGCCUUUGAUUCCGGCAAUUGACACGUGGGCCAUGGACGAUGUGGCUUGGAUGUUCACUGGCGAAGCCUCCGUCGACAAUGACAUGCAUCGCAUGCUGGAUUGGCGAAAAGAGAACCAUAUCAUUGUGGAGUUCUUCCACAUCAUGCAGAGCGUCCAGGAGUGUGACGGCUGGAAAGCCAACCCUUUGCGUGGCAAGAUCAUGGACCUGAAGAAGGGUGUCGAGGCGAUGCGCGAUCAGAUUUCCAUCAUUUGCAGCUCUUUGCUUGUGGGCGAGCUGAUUCUCCACCCAGAGAAGUAUCCCCAAAAGCUCGCGGCUGUGAGGAAGGUUUGCAAAGUACUUGCCCAGGAGCUCGGGAUGGCACGGGCCGAUCUUUCACCCGUCUUGUCCAACAAGCUGGAGGAAUUUCUGAAGACUGAGGAAUCCAAAGAGACACCGGCACCGAAGCCGGCUGCCAAGAAGGUGGCAAAGAAAGCGGCAGCCAAAACGAAGGCAUAGAUUUUGACAUGGAAAGGCCAGUGACACAUGAUGGCCAUAGGCUUAGGUUCUUUAGCCAACCCAAGCUUGAUGCGAUUGGCAUCACUUACUUUUCUCUGCUAGGAUUUUUGGGUUCUUGCAGAGGCAAUCCCACUUAGAACUUGCAAAGCCCGGGUACAUUUUUCGGGUCCAGAUGUGCCAUAAGGCUUUUGCAGACAGCAGGCCGGAGGGAAC